AUGGCCUCUACAGAGACUUUGACACUGCCUGCUCCAGCAGAGCCCUCCCAGUCCACAGAGCAAUUGGAGCUUCAGCCAUCAAAACUGAAAGCUAAGGAAGAGGAGACAGUGGAAACAGCAGUGAUGCGGCUGUGGCAAGGACGGCCUUGCCACGGGCUCCUGGAGCGCGCUGCAGCAGAGGUGGCUGCAGCAGCAGCGGUGGAGGCGGCGGGGACGGAUUGGCGACAUCUGAGGCUCGGCUCCCACGCCGCCACCUUGGCGGCUGCCAUGUCCUCCUCCACCACCUCCUCCUCCCCGAAGGAGGAGACGUACGAGGAGGAGGACCGGGAGUUCGAGAGCCAGGCCAAGCGCCUCAAGACCGAGGAAGGAGACAUCGGCUACUCGGCGGAGGAGAGCGAGACUCGCCAGGAAGCGACGCCUCAGGCCGGGAGCGACAGCGACAGCGACAAAGAAGAGGGCGAAGGCGACGACGGCGAUGAAGAUGAAGGAGGCAGCGGCGGAGACGAAGGCGGCAGCGGCGGCGGCGGCCCCCGGAGCGUGCCCCAGUCCAUGGAAGGAGGUGGAAGUCAUCAUCAAGUUUCUGUCUCCCCUGUUGUGCAUGCCCCAGGGCUCUGUGAGUCGGUGGUGGAAGCCGACCUUGUGGAGGCGCUGGAGAAAUUUGGGACAAUAUGCUACGUGAUGAUGAUGCUGUUUAAAGGACAGGCUCUAGUGGAGUUUGAAAAUGUCGAUAGUGCCAAAGAGUGUGUGACAUUUGCUGCAGAUGAGCCUGUGUACAAUGCUGGCCAACAGGCUUUCUUCAACUAUUCUGCAAGUAAAAGAAUCACCCGGCCAGGAAACACUGAUGAUCCCUCAGGGGGCAACAAAGUUCUCCUGCUCUCCAUUCAGAAUCCUCUUUAUCCAAUCACGGUGGAUGUUCUAUAUACAGUAUGCAACCCUGUUGGAAAAGUACAACGUAUUGUUAUAUUCAAGAGAAAUGGGAUGCAAGCAAUGGUUGAGUUUGAGUCGGUCCUUUGUGCCCAAAAAGCUAAAGCAGCACUCAAUGGAGCUGAUAUAUAUGCCGGAUGUUGCACACUAAAAAUCGAAUAUGCAAGGCCAACUCGUCUAAAUGUGACUAGGAAUGACAAUGACAGUUGGGACUACACUAAACCUUAUUUGGGAAGACGAGAUAGAGGAAAGGGUCUCCAGAGACAAGCCAUUUUGGGAGAUCAUCCUUCUUCGUUUAGACAUGAUGGCUAUGGAUCGCAUGGUCCAUUGUUGCCUUUACCAAGUCGUUACAGGAUGGGCUCUAGAGAUACAGCUGCACUUGUUGCUUAUCCAUUACCACAAGCUUCUUCCUCUUACAUGCAUGGAGGAAGUCCCUCUGGCUCCGUUGUCAUGGUCAGUGGAUUACACCAGCUCAACAUGAAUUGUUCAAGAGUCUUCAACCUGUUCUGCUUGUAUGGAAAUAUCGAAAAGGUAAAAUUUAUGAAGACCAUUCCUGGCACAGCACUUGUAGAAAUGGGUGACAAGUAUGCUGUAGAAAGAGCUGUCACACACCUUAAUAAUGUCAAACUCUUUGGGAAAAGACUUAAUGUUUGUGUAUCUAAACAACAUUCAGUUGUUCCAAGUCAAGUAUUUGAGCUGGAGGAUGGUACAAGUAGCUACAAAGAUUUUGCAAUGAGUAAAAAUAAUCGCUUUACAAGUGCUGGCCAAGCAUCUAAGAAUAUAAUCCAGCCACCCUCCUGUGUGCUGCAUUAUUAUAAUGUUCCACUGUGUGUCACAGAGGAGACCUUCACAAAGUUGUGUAACGACCACGAAGUCCUUCCAUUCAUCAAAUACAAAGUGUACGACGGGAAAGCUUCUGCUAAAACCCUCUCAGGGUUGCUGGAGUGGAAAUGCAAGACUGACAAAGCCGUGGAAGCCCUCACUGCACUCAACCACUACCAGAUCCGAGUCCCAAAUGGUUCCAACCCCUAUACAUUGAAGCUUUGCAUUUCUACAUCAUCCCAUUUACAAGAAGAGAAGAGCAUGUUAGAUUUACGUUCAUCUUUAUUACAGUUUUAAAGCUAUACUUCAUUAAAAAUAUUCUAAAAUGGUU